CCAAAUAACUCGACUCAGUAUGCAGCGAUGACUAAAUGUCUGGAGCAACCACCGCUAGAGAGAAACACAGACUGAGCAACCCAGCCUCAGGAAGGACAAGAAACUUUGUACAGGGCUCAGCUUACCUCUCGAAUAUUUGGGACGGAAGAACGGCUCUCAUCUUGUGAGGAGCUGAAAGCUGCUACCUCACAGCCAUGAGUUCCCAGACAAGCUAUGGCAGCAGCAUGCUGUUCCAGAGUAUAAAUGAGGACCUGAAUGCAUCGUUGGCUACAGCAGAUGAGUUAUCCAGAGAGUUCAACUCCCUGCUGAAGGAGGCCUCUUCCAACGACAACAACACCACGUCUGGGUCUAAGACGAGCUCUACAAAUUACAGAGAGAAGCCUCUGUCCACCGAGCUGUCUAACACCUCCACCACUAUUAGGGAGUCAAGUGGCAGCAGUAAUGGCAGCUUCAGUUCCCAGCCUAUCUCCUCAAGCUCAACAACUUUCCAUCCCGUGGACUCCCUCAUCUCCAGCAAUAAAAAAACAUCCUCCUCUUCUGUCUCCUCCAUCAGCCCACUCUCAUCCCCUAAGAUCCACAGGGAGUCACACUCUCCCCUUCCUCGAGCUGGAUCUGAGAGCUACUCGUACAGCCAGCAGAGCCCCAAGCACUCACCUCACACCCCAAGACGUAAUCCCCCUUCUAAUUAUGACAGGAGCCCACGAGGCUCAAUCAGUUACAUCGAGAGGAGCCCCUCCCCGAACCCCACAGCUGUUUCUUUUGACCAGUCAUCUCGGUCUGGCUCAGUCCACUCCUCUGGCAACCUGCUGAACCCUUAUGACAGCAGUCAGAUGGGCCGCAGGUCGCCUCGGCCAGAGAGAAGCCCCUCUCCUUUGUCCUUCAAUUAUACAAUGUCCAGCACGCUCCCACGAAAUUUUGGCGGUUUCAGGGAACCUGAAGAGGGUGUGCAGUGGCAAAAGAGUCCUGGCAAGUGGAAUGAGACAGAUCUGGACGUGUCCUACGAGAGGAAACCUCACCAUACCUAUGACAAGACAGAGUGGAUACGGCCGUCUGUGCCAAAUAGUAGCUGGAGAGAAUCCAACCUUGAUGGCCCUCCUCCAGCCCCAAGCCCCAAAAAGGAUCCUCGCUCUCUUCAGUUUUCCCAGGGCUCUCUCCCCCGUAAUGCACGUAUAUCAAUACCUCCAGAUGUUUCGUCCCCAUCCCACUCCCCUUUCCACCCUCAGCCCAUCAUCUCCCGUAUUUCAAUACCUCCAACAUCUACCCAGUCCCGUCAGCGCAGGCCCAUCCCUCUUUCUGUCAUCAUGCGUCUCCAAAACCCCCACUGGGGAGCGAUGAUGACCCACCACCCCAGAGCCCUGGGAGGAGAAGGUGAUAUGACACCUUACCUACCAGCUGUACCCUUCCCAAGGGAAUUCUCCAACCACCCUGUAUUCCACCCACAGCAACCCCCCCCUGAGCUGAGACAACCAGCCAUAUACAGUGAUGUGCUGAACCCAGGGGAUAUAGAUGCAGAGUUAGAGCGGCUCGACUUUGUUCAUUACAUGCCUGUGAUUUCGGAGACUCCCAGCUCACCAGAGGGCAGUAUGAAGGUUGAGCAGGGCGUACCUCCAGCUCCCCGGCCCCUCAGCCCCACCCGACUACAGCCAGUGGUGGCUCCUGAGGCCCAGAGCCAGGAGAUUCCUAACCUGGAGGAGCUGCUCCGCAUGCGGGCAGAAAUCCCCCGGGCCCUGAAGAGACGGGGCUCCGUGGACCAGUCACGGCCCCUGAAGAAGGCCUCCCAUUACCAGCCGAACCAGUACAAAAAUCUCAUCGACAAGCUUUUUCGCAGGAAUGAACGUCGCCAGAAGGGGGAGCGAGGUAGCGAGAGCAGCAGCUCUUCAGACGGAGAGGACAGCGCUAUGCCUCCUGCACCUUUUCCUCAAACAUCUACACUGAUUCCCCACGACUUCAGAAGCUACCAUUCCAUUCUGCGCCGGUCCAACCGGGAACACAAAGGUUCUGGAAAGCGAGCACGGCUCAGCCCGCUCGUCCUGCUACUGGACGGAGCGCUGGUCGGAGAACUGGAGACAGUGCAGAGGGCCGUGCAGGAGAUGAACGACCCUAGCCAACCCAAUGAUGAAGGCAUCACUGCUCUUCACAAUGCAAUCUGCGGGGGCCAUUACAAUGUUGUGGAUUUCCUGGUUCGCAUUGGAGCCAAUGUCAGCGCACCAGACAGUCACGGCUGGACUCCUUUGCAUUGUGCAGCCUCUUGUAACGACCGUCCUCUGUGUGAGUUUUUGGUGAGAAAUGGAGCUGCUGUCAUGGCCAUGACACAGAGCGACGGCGCUACUGCGUCCCAGAAGUGCGAUCCUUAUGCUGUCGGGUUUGAGGAGUGUGAGAGCUUCCUUAGGGGUGUGGAGGAAGCCAUGGGGGUGGAGAACAGCGGGGUGCUGUACGCUCUCUGGAGCUACCCAGCUCAGGCAGCCGAUGAGCUGAGCUUCAAAGAGGGAGACAUGGUCACCAUCCUGCAGAAACCGGAAGGGUCGGAUUGGUGGUGGGCCUCUCUCUGCGGCAGGGAGGGCUUCGUUCCAAACAACUACUUCGGGCUUUUCCCAAAAGUUCGGCCAAAAUCUCUCUGCUGAGUGAUCUCUCGAUGAUCAACCCUGGUCAAACUGGUGCAAGGACUGUCUCAAAAAACUAACAGCUUCAUAGUGUUGUUUGAAAGGACUGUGUCUGUGUGAUAAUGAAAAGCAUGUACUGCUGCGGGGCAUGAAAAAUGUUUUUGAUCCGUCAGUCAAGGAGAGUUGAAGGAGAGUUCUCAGUAUUCAUUUUGGCCUCGCUGACAAGGAUGAAUCUUUUUAGAAGACAUCAUUUGUACUGACUCUGCUGUAGGAUAUUUUUUCUAGUAAGGCUACAACUUUGUACUCUGCUAAACCUUUCUGUCAAGCUCUGUCUGUUAUUCCAAAGGUUACAAAAGGGACAUAUUCCCCUGCUGUUUUGCUCCACUGUGUUCCAGUCAGAAGGUGACAUUUCUGACUCAUUAGCUGGAUGGUAAUCAAAAUGCAAACAGUGGCUGUUGGUGUUCUGUCCACUCAUCAGCGAGGUCAAUGUAGCUGUAUGACGGCAGCAAACAUGACCCAUGAUUGCUCAAUUUAGAAAAAGGGCUGCUUCAGUGAGAGCAAAAUCAAUCUAGUCAUUACUGUGAGCAGAGUUGUCUGCUGCUGCAUCAAAGAAGUGAGUAAUCAGGAGUUUCGAUGGAACUUUUAUUGUGUGAAGCAACUUUUUUUAUUCUGUUGAUGGAUCCUAAUAACAACCACAUUCAUGAUUUUUCUAGCCAAAUAUUUUUUUAAGAGGGACGUUUAAUGUUUUCCUGCCAAUUUGGCUGUAGACUUUACAUAUUCUUUUUAAUGACUCGUUUGGAAGAGAUCAUAGGUUUUCUAUGACAGUGAAAUUGGUCUUUUUGUGGAUGUGUGUGUAUUUGAAUUAGUUUUUUUAAUGUUAUCAGUUUUCAGUGUAACACCUUUGUUGCUAGGGACUGCUGUGCACUAAACCUGUAACCCCUCCCAAGGGAGACACAGUGACCAAAUGUUUGAAUAUUCAAUAAAUACAAGUCACUUGCUUUUGGUUUCCGUUGAAA